AUGACCGGGGAAUGUCUUAGCACACAUCACGCGAACUUCCUCGGGGUAACUGCUCUCUCGGAGUGGUCCCAUACUACGAACACCUUCGUCCCAGUCGACGACAAACAGAACAUACUGUCAAUAGUCAUGCGAGACACCAACGGCAAGUCAUCCUUCCUAGUGCGAUUCAACGAAGAAGAGAUGGACAUGAGUGUAUGGGAGGGUUCCCGGCUAUAUGAACAUCCCGAAUUCUUUCAUACCAACGGUGCCAUGGCGUGGUGGAAGGACACAUGCUACGCCGCAUUCUGGGAUGGGGACGUCGAAAUGCGUGACACGAUUGCGCUUAUGGAUGGUAAAACCGACAAGCAUGACAUGAAUGCGGUUGAGGGCGCCAGUAACGGCAGAACCUACAAGCCCAUCGUGUCUGAAUCAACAGACGACGAGUCACUCGAUCUCGAUAUCAACGCCCCCGUUGUCAUGAACGAAAACUAUGUUAUCAGAAACGCGGGGAACAGGUUCUACAUACUCUGCUUCGACGACGACGAUGAGGGGAAGAAACCGCAGGAGAGUGGGUCGUUUUUUGAUCAGGGGGAGCUUGAGGUGUUGAAGGGUAUGGAUACUUGGUUCGAUCAACCACAUUACAAGGGGUGGCUACAGUCUCGGCCAUAUGCCCGUGCAAAGGAUAUGUUAGGGGAGCUGCUUGCAUUAUGUUCAGAAUCUGACUAG